UGUCCAUAGAUCUGAGCUCAUCAAAUACCUAAACAAGACAACAGAUGUUGCAGAUAGUCUUUUGGUUGGAUAUGACAAACGGUUUAUCCCAACUUUCCCGGGUAAGGAUGGUGACACUGCAGAAUCAAAUAAAGACAAACUUUCCUGGAUUUCUAUAGAGAGAGCAGUUUAGAACUGAUAGAGCUAUCCAGUAUAAAUAAAGUUAGUUUAGUUUAGGUUUCCUCCUGUAGCAACACUGGAUCAAUAAGAGAUGAUCCUUACUGGACCUCUAGGAAGAACAGUUUAGAACUGAUAGAACUAUCCAGUAUAAAUAAAGUUAGCUUAGUUUAGGUUUCCUCCUGUAGUAACACUGGAUCAAUAAGAGAUGAUCCUUACUGGACCUCUAGGAAGAACACUUUAUAACUGAUAGAGAUAUCCAGUAUAGACAAUGUCUCAGAAUGAUUUAUUAUACCUUUUCCUCAAAUUUCCAGGAACGCCAUUAGAAAUUCAGCUACAGGUCGUGGUUGCUGAUGUCCUGAAGAUAGGAGACAUGGUUUGUAAUUUUUAAACAAAUAUUACUUGCAGUUACAUAACAUAUUAUAGGUGAUGUUGUUGUUAUUGUUUCUUUGUAUUUGUUAUUGUUUUCGAUGGUGUUGUGGUUGUUUUUUGCUGUUGCUGUUGUUGUUGGUGGUGGUGCUGUUGUUGUUGUUGUUGUUGUUGUUGUCGUUUUUGUUUGUUGUUGCUGUCGUUUUUGUUUGUUGUUGCUGUCGUUUUUGUUUGUUGUUUGUUGUUUGUUGUUGUUUGUCGUUGCUGUCGUUGCUGUCGUUGCUGUCGUUGUUGUCGUUGUUGUUGUUGUUGUUGUUGUUGUUGUCGUCGUUUUUGUGACGUUGUUGUUGUUGCUGUUGUUGUUGUCGUUGUUGUUGUCGUUGUUGUCGUCGUUUUUGUGACGUUGUUGUUGUUGUUGUUGUUGUUGUUGUUGUUGUUGCUGUUGUUGCUGUUGUUGCUGUUGUUGUUGUUGUUGUUGUUGUUGUUGUUGUUGUUGUUGUUGUUGUUGUUGUUGUUGUUGUUGUUGUUGUUGUUGUUGUUGUCGCCUUCGUUGUUGUUGACGUUAUCGUUGUUGUUGUUGUCGCUGUUGUCGUUGUUUACAACAACUCAAAUACAUUCCACGUAUUUUCACCCUAGGAAGCAGAAAUGAUAAUCUUUAUAAGGCAACGUUGGUACGACUACCGACUUUCAUGGAAUUCCACGGAAAGACUAAAGAUCCGAGAACAUUUCCUGGAUAAAAUAUGGCUGCCUGAUGUUCGCAUAGUUAAUCUGAAGGAUGCCAGAAGAUUUGAGGGAUUCGGUGGAGUAAAUAUGAACAUCAAGCCAACUGGAUAUAUUUAUUUCAGUCAACUGUGAGCACUCGAAACUGUUUAUCUUUCUUCAAUAACUCUGAGAUCCCAUCAUCGGCACUGCGCAUCGACAUAAUGCGUUUUGCGCUGAGAUAAAUUGCACUUGAACAUGUACACACGCAAAAUUCUCACAUUUUGUAGCAAGUCUACCAACAAGCCGUCAACAAGUUGUGUUCGCACUGCUUGUCCCAAGUUGUCAACAAGUUCGGAACAAGCUGUUAACAAUUUGUAACAACCUUGUUGAUAUUAUCAGGUCCGAUACAGUCAUGAUAUAACAAUACUGGUACCACCUUGUGUCGUCAACCCUGUAACAUUCUUGUUAAAUCAUGACUGUAUCAGACUUGUUGAAACAACCUUGUAACAAGUCUGAUAACGCCAUCAAGCUUGUUCCAAGUUGUUAACAGCUAGUUCCAAACUUGCCAAACUAAACUAAACUAAACUAAACGUGUUUCAUAGUUAUACCCUUAAAGAAUUCGAAGCUCAAAACCUUUUACCCCUGAAGAAUUCCAAACUUAUAAUAUUUCACUCCUGAAUAAUUCCAACCCUGAAAAAUCUCAAUCUCAAAAUCGUUUACCCUUGAAGAAUUCCAAGCUCAAAACUCUUUACCCCUGAACAAUUCCACGCUCAAAACCCUUCUCCCAUGACGAAUUCCAAGCUCAAAACCCUGAACCCCUGAAGAAUUCCAAGCUAUGAAAAAUUUCGAUCUCAAACCUCUUUACCCCUGAAGAAUUCCGAGCUAAAAACCUUUUACGCUUGAAGAAUUCCAAGCUCAAAGCCCUUUACCUCUGAAGAAUUCCAAGCUCAAAAACCCUUUACCCUUGAAGAAUUCCAAGCUCAAAACCCUUUACCCCUGAAAAAUUCCAGGGAUCCUCGAUAGGGGGGAAGUACGGAUAUUAAAUGGAAUAGCGCAUUAUGACUUAAUAAUUGAGUACGUUUAUUAACGUUUAUUAUGAUAUAUUAAACCGUUUCGUUAAAUUAAUAAUCACAAUCACUAAAUUAACACUUUGUUUUCCAGAGUUCAUGUCACGACAAGUUGUCCAAUGGAUUUGCAUAGAUUUCCAAUGGAUCGACAAACAUGCUUUCUUCAUUUUUCAUCAUGUAAGUCAAACGUCAUUUGUAGUGUUGACGGCAGAGAGGUUAUCGAUUAUAAUUACUUCUCAGUUGCAUGUGAAAAAGAAUGCUUCCAGCUUGACUCUACCAAACACCGCAGGUUUCACAAAGCACUCGUCUAUUCUUACUGGACAUUAAAUUAUUUUUGUUAUGCAACUUGUUUUGACAGUCGCGUAUGACAAAAAACUGGUCAACUUCUCAUCUUCUGGAAAGAAAGUUGAAGUGCGGCAACAUCAACUUCCACAAUUUGAACUGGUUGAAGCCAAGGAGAUUGAUGAAGGUAGCACCGGUAGGGUUGAUGAAAUAUAUCUAUCAUCAUGAUCAUGAUCAAAUAUCUCUAUCAUCAUGAUCGUAAUAAUAAUGAUCAUCAUCAUCAUCAUCAUGGUUCUAUUCCAUCAUCACGAUCAUCAUCAACACCAUCAUCAUUAUCAUUACUAUCAUCAUUACCAUCAUCAUUACCAUCAUCGUUAUCAUCAUCAUUACCAUCAUCAUCAUUAUCAUCAUCAUUACCAUCAUCAUUACCAUCAUUAUCACCAUAAUCAUCACAAUCAUUAUCAUCACAUCAUCGCCAUCACCAUCAUCACCAUAAUUAUCAUUAUCAUCAUUAUCAUCAUCAUCAUCACUAUAAUCAUGACCAUCAUUAUCACCAUCACUACCAUCUGAUAUCAUCAUCAUAAAAAUUUAAUAAAUAUCUUUGUUUCAUCAAGGAUCUAUGUCAAAAUUUACCGUGGCACUAUCAUUCCAACGACGAGCUGGCUACUACAUAUUACAAGUGUAUAUCCCAGCGACUUUCUUAGUCAUCCUCUCCUGGCUAGCAUUCUUCAUGGAGUCAUCAAACAUUGCCGAUCGUCUUGCCCUAGAAAUAACGAUGAUUCUAUCAACAGUCUUUCUCCUUGAUGGAAUCAACGAUAGUGUAAUUAACGUGUCGUACGCCAAGGCAUCUGAUUGGUUCGUUAUUACGUCGUUUGGUUUUAUUUUCAUGGCGUUGUUGGAAACCAUGCUCGUCUAUCGUCUGGCGUUGCGGGAAGGAAGCAAAUCCAAAAAUCCUAGUGCUGCUACGGUACGUUUGGACGAAGUUAACUUUAUUUAUACUGGAUAGCUCUAUCAGUUCUAAACUGUCUUUUCUAGAGGUCCAGUAAGGAUUAUCUCUUAUUGAUCCAGUGUUACGACAGGAGGAAACCUAAACUAAACUAACUUUAUUUAUACUGGAUCGCUUUAUCAGUUCUAAACUGUCUUUUCUAGAGGUCCAGUAAGGAUCAUCUCUUAUUGAUCCAGUGUUACCCAAACUAAACUAACCUUAUUUAUACUGGAUAGCUUUAUCAGUUCUAAACUGUUCUUCCUAGAGGUCCAGUAAGGAUCAUCUCUUGUUGAUCUAGUGUUACUACAGGAGGAAACCUAAACUAAACUAACUUUAUUUAUAAUGGAUAGCUCUAUCAGUUCUAAACUGUUCUCCCUAGAGGUCCAGUAAGGAUCAUCUCUUAUUGAUUCAGUGUUACUACAGGAGGAAACCUAAACUAAACUAACUUUAUUUAUACUGGAUAGCUUUAUCAGUUCUAAACUGUUCUUCCUAGAGGUCCAGUAAGGAUCAUUUUCUAGAGGUCCAGUAAGGAUCAUCUCUUAUUGAUCCAGUGUUACUAGAGGAGGAAACCUAAACUAAACUAACUUUAUUUAUACUGGAUAGCUUUAUCAGUUCUAAACUCUUGUUCCUAGAGGUCCAGUAAGGAUCAUCUCUUAUUGAUCCAGUGUUACUACAGGAGGAAACCUAAACUAAACUAACUAUAUUUAUACCAGCUUGUCAACAAGAUAAUUCUAACCGCACUGCUUGUCCCCAGUUGUUAACAAGUCCGCUGGAACAAGUUGUUAUCAUCUUGUAACAAGGUUGACGAGGCCAACAGACUCGCAACAAAUUGCUCCAACAAGUCUGAUAUCGUCUGCACGUAGCACGUUGUUAACAAGUUGAUGACAAGCUUGUAACAGCUUGCUACGAACAGCCUGUUAAUAUUAGUCUUGUUGGAACAACUUGUAGCAAGUCUGUUACCGUCAUCAACCUUGUAACAAGGUGAUAACAACUUGUUCCAGACUUGUCACAACAACUGGGAACAAGCAGUGCGAACACAUCCUGAUAUCGGCUUGACAACAACCUUGUUACAAUUUCUUGUUUGCAGAACUGUAACAACUUGCGCGAUUUAAUUUAUUCGCGUGUAACCGCAAACAUGAAAACUCACCAAACUCGUAAUUAUUUCUUAGAGCGCUCUCGAGAAACAUCUAUCGAUCGUGUUUUUGAAAACAGAUGAUGAACAGGCAGUGGAGAAUAUCGAAACUAAACUCAAACAGCAAGCAGUUCUCACGACAGAGCCAGAAGACCUCGAAUAUAGCAGCCGAAAGAGCAGUGACAUCACAAUAAACACGUCUGAACACAGUACUUCCUCCAGGAAAUCUUGUCUUGCAUCGCGUUGGAUCGAUAAAGUUUGCGUCGUUCUGUUUCCCAUGAUGUAUGUCGGUUUUAAUGUCGGAUAUUGGUGGUACUAUCUCCCGUGAACCUACCCUGCUAAACCACUGCCAGCAGGGUACCGUGAACCUUAACAUUAAAAUGGAUUAAGAAGUAGAUCUAUCAAUUAGAUUAACGCUAUUAGGGAGCUUAAGCAUACAAGACGG